AUGUUCUCAUGGGUCCAAACCCACAGCACAUCUGAGCACAGCGCUGCCGGGCUAGAGACCCCACUUCAGGCCCCCAACCAACGCUGCUGGUUCAUAUUUGAUCCCUUUGGCAUCCUGUGUGCCACAGCCGCGUGGGCACUGGUGCUGAGUGGUGGAUGGGUACUGUUUCGGGACCUGCUUAUACCAUCUAACAACAUAUUGUACACAGUGGCCAAUGGUGUAGUCUUCCAUGUGCUGGCCUCGUUAGCACUCGUGUCUCACUUACGGACUAUGCUGACCGACCCAGGCUCUGUGCCCCUGGGUAACCCACCCGGACCUGAGACAGUGUCCUACUGUUCCGACUGUCACUCUGCCAUACCGAAGAGAACUUACCACUGUACAGUGUGCAAACGCUGCAUCCGCAAGAACGACCACCACUGUCCCUGGGUCAACAACUGCGUGGGUGAGGACAACCAGAAGUACUUCUUGCUUUUCACGAUGUACAUCGGGCUUACCUCGACCCACACUCUGCUCCUGCUGGGCAUCCCCGUCCUAUGCAGCUACACCCGGGGCGAAUGGAAUUGGAGCAGCAUAGUGUCCCCACCUCCCCCUAUGCUCUUCCUCCUCCUGGUGGCGUUGAUGGGCUUCCUCUUUGCCGUGGUGAUGCUCUGCAGUCAAAUGUGCGCCAUCUACGCAGACAAAACUACAUUGGAGCUGUUGUAUCAGAACACACACUCAGAGGGCAGACAGUCCAAGUGCGCAAACAUGAAGGCCGUUUGUGGCUCCCACAUCUCCCUGGCCUGGCUGAGUCCUUUCCACUCCCCAGAACGCUACAAAGUGAGUGAGCACAACAAUACGGCCUAA